GCUAAAACGUCCACAGGACACUCCGUCUAUCCCUGUCUCUAUUCUAGAACCACCCCUCUAGCAUCAAUGCACAUCUCUUGACAACUAUUCUGAGACACACACUCCUCCCCACACACACACACCCCCCUAUGUCUCUACGACAGGCGGCUAGUGGAGGCAAGCACAGCUGAGUUGAUGUUUGACUGCCUACGCGCCAACUCCAGAUCGUUCAUAGAUUAGAAAUAGAUCUGUCGGUGGAUUCUUCUGUCGACUUCUUUAACUGUUUGUCUUCCAACUGAUUGGCUCAGUGAGACAGCGUUUAGGUCAGUCCGGCUUUUUUUUUUUUGCAUCUGAAACAGUGCAAAAAGAUCACACAGACUUUUAGAAGGUACACGCUUUUUCUAGAUUCACCCCGACAACUUUUUUUCCAAGAACGUUUUCCGUUCCGAGGAGCGUCCAGUGAACGGCCAGCAUGUGGGAGUUCCGGUCCAUGGCGUUUUGGCGUGCGGUCUUCGCUGAGUUCUUCGGUACCAUGUUCUUUGUGUUUUUCGGCAUAGGCGCCGCGCUGCGCUGGACCACUGGGCCUCACCACAUCCUGCAUGUGGCGCUGUGCUUCGGCUUGGCGGCUGCCACCAUCAUCCAGUCCAUCGGCCACAUCAGCGGCGGCCACAUUAACCCGGCCGUCACCUUCGCCUAUCUGGUAGGCUCCCAGAUGUCCCUGUUCCGCGCUUUUUUCUACUGGGCUGCCCAGUUUCUGGGGGCUGUGGCCGGGGCCGCCGUGCUCUAUGGGGUCACCCCAAAAAACAUGAGGGGCAACAUGGCUCUCAACACGCUGCAGCCUGGUAUCAGCCUGGGCAUGGGUACCACAGUGGAGGUGUUUCUGACCAUGCAGCUGGUGAUUUGUAUCUUUGCCGUGACGGAUGAGAGGAGGAACGGACGCUUGGGCUCUGCUGCCCUGUCCAUCGGCUUCGCUGUCACCGUCGGACACCUCAUGGGGAUGUACUACACAGGUGCUGGAAUGAACCCUGCUAGGUCUUUCGCCCCUGCUGUGCUCUUCAGGAACUUUGUCAACCACUGGGUGUACUGGGUGGGUCCCAUGAUAGGAGGUGGUUUGGGCGCUCUUCUGUACGAUUUCAUGCUGUUCCCCCGCAUGCGCGAUCUGUCUGAGCGCCUGGCCACACUGAAGGGCAGCCGACCCCCCGAGACGGAGACCCAGCAGGACACCCGCGGGGAGCCCAUCGAGCUCAAGACACAAGCCCUAUAAGCCUGUCCCCAUCUGGGGACGAGGGACGAGGGACAGGCCCUGUGUCGACCAACCCCUGUGCUGCCCCCAUCCCAUCAACACACAUACACUCACUCACACAGACUCACUAACUAACACAAAGACACACACACUCACAUUGAGACACUGACUAACAUGCAGAUUCAGACAUAUACAGUAUUGAUACACAAACUGUACACACACACAUUCACACACAUACACAGACAGGUUCACAACCUUCAACCUCAACAUGCAACGAGACUCCUCUCCCUCCAACCUCACUCUGUAUACUGAAUUGGACAUUAUGUCUCCUCCUCCUUCUCAGCCACACCAAGUCUUCCCUCACACGCCCACACAGACAGAAGGACCAGACCUGUCAGCACAGAAGCAUGUGGGUGAGGUGUAGGUGGGCACCCACUGGGCACAGACGUCAAUUCAACUUCUAUGCCACAUUGGUUCAACGUAAUUUCAUUGAAAUGAUGUGGAAACAACGUUGAUUCAACCAGUGUGUGCCCAGUGGGGAUGUAGGUAUGGGUGGGGUAAGGGUAUGGGUGGGCGUUGGGCAGGUAAGGAUAGAGGAUUGGGGUGUAGAUGGGGAAAGGGGUUGGGGUGAGGAUAGAGGGGCAACACUCCAGGUUUUUAGUUGUAUAGGGUUGUGUUAGACCAGUGAAGAUGGGCAUGCUUUUUCAUUAUGCAUCUGAUUUAUUUCUCUACAUUUGUUCAGUUUUUUUUUUCUUCUGCACUUCAGACACUAUACGUGGAUGUAUGAUACCAUUAGAUUUGACCAGGGUUUCAUUUUUCAAAUCACUUCAUUUUAUCUGUGUGUGCGUGUGGGUGCUUCUACAGUAUGUGUGUGAGAGUGUGUGAGUGAGAGUGAGUGUGUGUGUGCCUGUUUGUGUGUGAGUGUGUUUGCCAGUGAGUGUGUGAGAGUGUGUCCGUAUGUGAAUGUGUGUUUAAUCGAGUUCGCAGAAACAGUACUUUUUAUUUUGUUUUAUUUUCAUUACCACUCUCCUGUUUGUAUCAUGAUUAUGUUUCAUUACGUUAUACAUUUUUAAGACAUAAUUUAUCCUCCCUUCACUGUGGUAUUUGCUAUGAUAUUCAUUUUUACACAAACCAUCUGCUUUUUUGUUUUAAAAAAAAACAACACAAUCCAAAGGAAAUGUUGUAUCCCAGACUGGACUGAUUCUGUUCACUACAGAAUGGCCGUGUAAGCUUUUCAUUAAGUCUCCUUUUAUGAUUUGAUCCUUAAUGUGAGCAUAAGGCAGUUUAAACCAUAUUUAAAUGAAAAUAAACACAAAAACUUGAUACAAAAUGUGUGUCAUGUUUUGUUUACACAAUUAUACCAGUAUGGCAAUUAGUGCCCUGUGUUGCAUUGGCUUGCAGUAAAUGGGAAUGACUUCAAGAUGAUGCUCCACACGUUUCAGGUUGCAGAGUUGGGGGUGAUGCGGCGCGACAAAUUAUUAUUAUAUAUUUUUUUAUUGAUGAAAUAGUGCAUUGCAGCUGCCUUUGCUUCACAAGUAAGCAGGUUUGUAGUGCUGGGGGAACCCGAGGGACCUCACUUUUUUAAAUUUGAGAAUACAUUGUACAUUUAUUCGGAUUAAUUCGAAAUAAAUGAUAUUUAAUCACCACAAAAACCCAGAACGAUAUGUGACCACUUGGUUACAGCGACACCGUUCUGCCAAAGACACCCAAACCAGAGUGGCCACCGCAAAGCCCAAGAGCCUGACCUUCUCUGGAAGUUGAUGUAGCCCUGCUUGGGAUAUUUAGUCUAUAUUGGCUAUUGGUUGAGACGCAGGGCCCGUUCUAGCUUGGUAGGCUAUGUCAGGGUGAGAAAUUGGAAAUGUGAAUUGGGCCAAGUUGGUAAUAAUGUAAUUAGAUUAUAGUUUAUUGAGAUGCAUGAAUACACCACACCAAAACCUUGAUUUUAUGGCUGUUGUAAACGAAUUUCCAGCAAUUCUAUGCAUUUUAGUCAUUUAGCAGACGCUCUUUCCCAGAGCUACAUACAGGAGC